CGCCUCGCUUGGUGCGAGCGCGAGCUCAUUUCAUGUACGGUAUGAAGAUGAGGCGGACGCUCGCGCUCCUCUCCAGAGCAGGAUAAACGUGUGUUUUUGCUGUUAUUAUUUUUUUAUGUAUUUGGAAUUUUUGGAUCGCCUCUGAGAGUGAAAUUAAACACCAUGGGGUCAGUUAGUGUUGCGCUGCACUUGUGUGUGUGUUUGUUGCUGUUACACAGUGAGGGGAAAAGCGCUGCGCUCCUCCGGGACACCGAUGUGGAUCAGUGCUCUGAGGGAAGCGAUGCCUGUCACAUUGACGCCAUUUGUCAAAACACUCCGACAUCCUACAAGUGCUCGUGCAAAUCCGGCUUUAAAGGUGACGGGACGCAGUGUGAAGAUAUCGACGAAUGUGACUCAGAAUUCAAUGGCGGCUGCGUGCACGAGUGUAACAACAUCCCGGGAAAUUACCGCUGCACUUGUUAUGACGGAUUUCAACUGGCCCAUGAUGGACACAACUGCCUUGACGUGGACGAGUGUCUUUUCAACAAUGGCGGCUGUCAGCACGUGUGUGUCAACACCAUGGGGAGUUACGAGUGUCGCUGCAAGCACGGAUUCUUCCUGAGUGACAAUCAGCACACGUGCAUCCAUCGCUCAGUGGAAGGUCUGAGCUGCAUGAAUAAAGAACACGGCUGUGCGCACAUCUGCAGAGAGACGCCCAAAGGUGGAGUUUCCUGUGAAUGUCGGCCGGGGUUCGAGCUUGCUAAGAACCAGCGUGGCUGCAUCCUGACCUGUAACCAUGGCAAUGGGGGGUGUCACCAUGUCUGUGAGGACACGGAGCAUGGGCCGGUGUGCAGGUGUCACGCCAGAUACACGCUUCAGACCGACACUCGCUCAUGUGUAGAAAGAGACGACGUGACCAGCAGCUCUGACCACAACGCCACGUCCCUCACCGAGGUGGACAAACGCGUCAAGCGGCGACUCCUGAUGGAGACCUGUGCUGUAAAUAACGGCGGAUGUGACAGUAUGUGUAAGGACACGUCCACUGGUGUCCGCUGCAGCUGUCCUGUGGGUUUCACUCUCCAACUGGAUGGGAAGAGCUGCAAAGAUAUAGAUGAGUGCGAGUUCCACAACGGAGGCUGCGAUCACUUCUGUAGGAACACCAUCGGCAGCUUCGAGUGUAACUGUCGCAAAGGCUUCAAGCUGCUGACGGACGAGCGUUCCUGCCAGGAUAUUGACGAGUGCUUCUUUGAGAGGACGUGUGACCAGACUUGUGUGAACUCCCCGGGAAGCUUCGAGUGUGUGUGUAAUAAGGGAUACACACUGUACGGUCUGGCACACUGUGGAGACAUUAACGAGUGCAGCGUGAAUAACGGAGGCUGUGGUCAGGUGUGUGAGAACACACUGGGAGGAUUUCAGUGUCGCUGCAGACCCGGGUACAGACUGCACUGGAACAAGAAGGACUGCCUGGAAGCCGGCACUUCUCCGCUGCUGACGGUUCCUGUGAGAGCGACGCUGAACUGCAGUAAAGUGGGAGGAGCUGAACACUGCUUCCUCACCUGUCAGUCUCAGGUGAACAUCAGCAACGGUGUUGAAGAUUCCUACACCGUGACCUGUGGCCUGCCGCUGCCCGGCCCGUCUGGAGGAGGACCGCGGGGCGACACCGGGUCUCACUGCUCAGGUCUGGACUCUUCCUGCACUCAGAGGAUUAAAACCACGGCCACAUUCAAAUGGUCUCAGGGGAAAUGCAGUCUGAAACGCAGUCCAGAAAAACUCUCUGAGAGCUUCAGCAUGGCUCUGUCAGAUAAGAAGGCCUUGGCCACUGAGAACGUGCACUUCAGCUUCGUGAGGCUUCACUGUAACUCAUCUGGUCUCCGGCAGCGGAGUCGUCACGGCCGUAAAGCGGCGGAGGACGAGAGCUUGUCCAUCACGGCCCUGUUCGAGCUUGACGUCAACCCAGAGGAGGUAACAGAGGGUUGUGAUCUGGCCUGUGUGAAGCGGCGUUCAGAGAAGCGUCUGAAGAAGGCCAUGCGAACUCUGCGCAAGUCCAUAAACAGAGAGCAUUUCCACAUGCACUUCGGCAGCUUGGAGUACGAACUCGCCAAGAAAGCGGCGCGGCCUGCAGACGGCCCUGAACCCUGCGCCGCUGGACAAGUGCUGCGGGACAGGAAGUGUGUGAACUGUGGCAUUGGGACGUACCAUGACAGUGAGCAGGGGAGGUGUGUCCUCUGUCCCACUGGAACGUACCAAGAUGAGGAAGGACAGUUACUGUGUGAGGUGUGUCCAGGGCCGAAGGGCAGAGUGACCCUGCGGACCGCCGGGGCCCGGAGCGUGGCCGAGUGUGGAGGUCAGUGUUCUGCUGGACAUUUCUCUCACGAUGGUCUCCUCCCAUGUCGUCCGUGUCCCAGAGGCUCAUACCAGCCGGACAGCGGCCGCACUUCCUGCCUGCCGUGUGGAGGGAAUCUGGUGACCAGGCACGAGGCUGCUGUGUCCUUCCAGGCCUGUGAGACCAAAGUACAGUGUUCUCCGGGUCAUUACUACAACACCAGCACUCACCGCUGUAUCCGCUGUCCUCUCGGAACCUACCAGGUGGAGUUCAGCCAGAACUUCUGUGUGUCCUGUCCAGGAAACACCACCACGGACUUCGAUGGGUCCACCAGCCUCACUCAGUGCAAGAACCGGCGCUGUGGAGGAGAACUGGGCGAUUUCACUGGAUUCAUCGAGUCGCCCAACUACCCUGGCGAUUAUCCAGCUAACAUGGAGUGCACAUGGAUCAUCAAUCCUCCUCCCAAGCGCAGGAUCCUCAUCGUCGUCCCGGAGAUCUUCCUCCCCAUGGAGGACGAGUGCGGAGAUUACUUAGUCAUGCGCAAGAGCCCUCUACCCAACUCGGUGACCACGUACGAGACGUGUCAGACGUACGAGCGUCCCAUCGCCUUCACCUCGCGCUCCAAGAAGCUGUGGAUCCAGUUCAGGUCUAACGAGGGGAACAGCGGGAAAGGAUUCCAGGUUCCCUACGUAACCUACGACGAGGACUAUCAGGAGCUGAUCGAGGACAUCGUCAGGGACGGGAGACUGUACGCCUCGGAGAACCACCAGGAAAUCUUAAAGGACAAGAAGCUGAUGAAGUGUCUGUUUGACGUUCUCGCUCAUCCGCAAAACUUCUUCAACUACACCGCCCAGGAGUCCAGGGAAAUGUUUCCCAAAUCCUUCAUCCGGUUUCUGCGCUCCAAAGUCCUGCGAUUUUUACGUCCUUCGAAAUAAUCGGUAGGACUUUAAUGUGGCACUCCAAUUGAACCGUGACCCUGGAACACAUCAAAAAUGUCCAAAUCCCAGCCGUUCAGGACUUUGUGUGUGAACCAAGACCGGACGCAGCUCCGUGAUGCCUGAAGAGCGACUGGCCUCUAAAGACUUCCGAUGAAUAAAUGACACAGGAGAUAAACUGCUCAGAGAGACGAGGUCUAAACACGUUCCUAACAUUCGCAGCUCCGCAAUUAAACCAUUUAUGAAAUGAAAAUUCCUCUGGUGUGUAGAAAUGAAAAGAAAAUGUUGUAAUUCUUCUACAUAUGACUUACUUUUGUUCUUUAAAGCACUCCUCAGGAUGUAGUGGCAGGAAGAGCAGUUCCAUCUCUUGUAUAUUGUGUACAAAGCUACUAGAUUCAGGUAAACUCUCAUGAUAUUGUAUUUUUUUGUAUGUUUCUUUGAGAACUCGCUCAUGUCUACUUCGUUCUCCUGCUGUAAUAAACCUGCUAAAGAGCGCUGAUGUUCAUCUGUCCAGACGGUUUAGUGCAGUGGACACUCGUACUCAAGGACACGGACGCGGUGUUCGACACUGAGCGCUAAACUCUGGAAUAUUUCACAUUUCAUUUCAGCGCAGAGAAACGACAUACUCAUUAAAUGUUAUAGAGAGUAAAUUAAUGUCUAUAUUUUUAUGUUUGUACAUUUAACAUGUAAAUAAAAAGACAGAAGGUAACUCAGA